AUGGUCUGGUUUUUUCAGAUCCUUUGCUGGAGCUUUAUCUGGUGGGACAUGCUGGCUAUGGCGGGAUCCGGAGGCGACGAGGAGGCGGCAGUCCCCGUGCUUCCACCAGCAGAGGGGGAGGAUCUUUCUGAGGCAGCGGUGCUCUGGCUCCGCCAGAAGUCCCAGCUGCAGAGGAAGCUGCCGAGCCUCGACAUCGCAGUGCCACACAAGCAGGCCAAGAACGUGGCCUCCUAUGUAGCAGCAGCCUCAGUUUCCAUAAAAGGCAAGAUGCUAGGCUGCUCGGCUGCAUGCGUCAUGGUUCAGGUGCUGGUCGAUCAGACAGCACGGACUGCAUUUGCAAGGCUUGUGGGCCAUGCAGAGAAGCAGAAGCUGUCGACGGCGAGCCGACAGAGAGUCUGGGCCAUUGUCCAGGAUGUCUUAGAGGUUUUCAGCAUUCAAGGUCGUGGGCUGCUGAGCACCAAGCUGUCAGGGACGGGAGGUACGGGGCGCGGUGGGAGUGAGGGGUCGGUGUGGGGUGCGCCAUCGAAACAGGAAGUGGUGUCGAUCGAGGCGCUGAUUGCACAUGACCAAGUCCGGCGUCACACCUCACCUGAUUCUGGGCAGCAUAAAGGUGGAUGUGAUGAGGAAGAAGGCGCAUCUCGCCCAGAUCUCGAUGGGACGUCCUCUGACAUCAGCGACACCGGCCUGAAAGUGGAGGGAGACCUCAUACGGGCCAUCAGCAUGCGCCGCUCUUUACGACAAUGGGGUUGGCUCUGGCGACGGCCGAUGCUGCCCAUGUCGGAUGAAGAACGAAUGGCGCUGUUUCAGUUGUCGAAACCCUCCUCGGGCUAUGACAGCUUCUUGUCGCACUCGUGGCAGACCUGGGGGUUGUGGAAGUAUUUCAGCCUCGUCUUGCACUCUUGCCGGUCUUGGCUGCUGCUUUGGUGGUUUCUGUGGGUCGUUGUGGCCUUCGUCGUCUCUUUGCACCUCGACCUGCCCACAUACAGUCAAGUCGAGCUGGCAACGCCCGGGUUCUCCUGCCGCUGCCCCAAGGGUCCCUGGGUGCUCGUGAGCGGCCUCCUCUCCAUCGUCACAGGCUUGUUUCUGGCGCCCUAUGCCCCAGACUGGUUGAGCCAAGCGGAUAGCUGCUUCAUGGAUGCCGCAUGCAUCCACCAAGCCGACCAGCGGCUCAAGGAGCAGGGCAUCUACUCCAUCGGCGGCUUCCUCAGCCUCUCCCGCGAGAUGCGAGUGUUGUGGAGUCCGCCCUACCUGUCGAGGCUUUGGUGCAUAUUCGAGCUCGCAGCCUUCCGCAAGCGGAACCCCACUGGCAAGCUGGUCAUUGCGCCCCUUUUCGUGGAGCACGCGAUCUUGAUUGGCAUCUUGGGAGCGUAUGCAGCCGCAGGAGUACUCUGGACAAUGACGGGCUUUUCCGAGAUGUCCUUCAUCGUGUCGCUCAGCCCAGUCCUCUUCAUGAUCCACUACCUGCGCCGUACCGCCCUGGCAAAGCACAAGCUGUUCCACGACUUGCAAAACUUCACACUGGAGGGCGCCCACUGCAGCCUGGAGGCCGACCGGCUCUUCAUCCUCCGAGCCAUCCGGCGCUGGUACGGCAGCACCAGGGCCUUCGAGGAGCACGUGCAAGGCCCCCUGCGGAAGGAGCUGUUGGAGUCGGCGACGAAGAUCUCCCUCACAUACGUGGUGCUGCUUGCCUCUGCGGCCACCACAGCGAGCCUCGAGGACCACCUGGCGCUUUGGAGGGGUGGCGUUCCCUUCUGGGAUGCGACGGCGCACUUCAUGGCCGUGGUUCUGGGCAGCUACACGUUUUUCGCAACAAUCUGCGCCCAAGCUGUCAUAUCACUCUCGUUUGCCACGUCCCAGCGGCGGCCCAUCGUGUUUGAUUACAUGAUAACGGCAUCCGUUCAUGUGCUCUUCUGCUUCAUGGCGGUCGUCGGCAAUUUGAUCGCAGUCGAGGCGUGCCGCUUAGACAUCUGGGCAGCGGCCGCGUGGAUGUGUACAACGGCCAUCCUUCUGGGCGUGAUCACCCUCACGCGCCCCAAGGCGACCUGA